UAGUCCAGAGACCAGAGUCCUAUAAGUAGUUAAGUACUAUAAUAUCAUUAUCUUGGGAUUUGGAUUUUUGAGUCGCCAAUAUUUUGUCUUCAGAAGUCGGAACAGCUCUUUUUCUAAAUGUACCUUUGAAUUAAAAUAUAUUUAAGGAAUCUAAGAAAAAUGAGCAGUUCGGAGGAGGUAUCAUGGAUAAAUUGGUUCUGCGGCCUCAGAGGGAAUGAAUACUUCUGCGAGGUGGACGAAGACUAUAUAAGUGAUAAGUUCAAUUUAACAGGUCUCAAUGAACAUGUUCCACAUUUCAGGCAGGCUUUGGAUAUGAUAUUGGACUUAGAACCAGAUGAUGACUUAGAAGAAAAUCAAAAUCAAUCAGAUUUGGUGGAACAGGCUGCAGAAAUGCUCUAUGGUCUGAUUCAUGCCCGUUACAUUUUAACUAACAGAGGUGUAAGCCAAAUGUUGGAAAAAUUUCAAGUUGGAGAAUUUGGUACCUGCCCCCGUGUUUAUUGUGAAUGCCAAAAAAUGUUGCCCAUUGGAUUGUCAGAUGUCCCAGGUGCAGCAAUGGUAAAGCUAUAUUGCCCCCGUUGUAUGGAUGUAUAUACUCCCAGAUCCUCACGUCACCACCGCACAGAUGGAGCCUACUUUGGAACUGGUUUCCCACACAUGGUGUUCAUGGUACAUCCAGAAUAUCGCCCGCAAUGCCCCAGUUCAGAGUUUGUGCCUAGACUAUAUGGGUUUAAAAUCCACCCCAUGGCCUACCAAAUUCAGACACAAGCUGCUGCAGGACACAAAUCACUUCGAACUCUGGCAUACAACAAUGGUAAACGAUAGGAGCGACCCAGGCCACGACCCCCGCCUACGCGACACUAGCAGUUGCUAUAAAUAACGGAUGACCAUUGGUUACUGGCACUUGUCUUGAGCAUUAAAUAUAGGAAUAUGGCCUUGAUUCGCGUUUCUGAACGAAUUCUAAAAAGUUCAUUAUAAGCUCGGUAUAAACUUCAAAGCAAUAAACAUAGACAUUACAUAAACAACCAUAGACAAAAUGGUGAGAGCUGUCAAAAUAGUGGUAUAGACAUUUGUCAUGUUUUAAAUUUGUAUUUAUUUAAUUUAUAAGAUAGCCAGGGUAAUCACUGAACCCUUAAUAUGAUACAGUGUUACAAAUAUUGCUUUUACAUGUGAAAGAAAAAUUGGCUUUUGAAAUCUUUGCUUCACCACUAAACUCUAUGGUUGCACACAAUAUUUACAGGUUUACCGAUAGUCACUAUGAAGCGCUUGUGUAGUAACACUUGGUAACGCUUGGUAUUAAAGUAGUAAUGAUUAUUUCAAUACUCAAGGUGUCAAGAACUUAAAUAAGUGACGUUGUACCAGAUUUACUAGUAUUACUUCCUUCAAUGGAAGAUAUUUUGUAGAAAAAUCAAAUACAAAUAUUUUAAUUACCAACUUGUUAACAAUUUCAACAAAAGAUUAGUAAAUGUCACUUAUUUAAUGUGUCAUCUGUCAUGUGACUCGCUGUCAAAGAAAUCUAUGGGCGUAGCCGAAGGGAUCAAUAGGGAUUUCUCAUAUAAGUAAGAUAAGUAAUCAAUUUUUAAUUUGUGGUGUUUGAAUAUUAUGUGAGUUUCAAAUCGAUUUAUCAAUUACAAGGCGCCAAUCAUCAAAUUAAGUAUAGAACGUUAAUUCUGCUCUGAAAUAAGACUAUUUAUCUGCCAGGUUACAGAAAAUUUUGGUAAUUUAAAAAAAAAAAAGCAGGAUAAUACCGAAUUAUAAGAGCGGGGAACGUGGUCUUUCAUCUGUAUAAUUCUUUCGUGAUCGUUUUAGAACGCAUUUAGGCUUGUAUUCUAUAUCCUUGAGUAUUUUUAAUGUUAUAUAAAAUUCAAGAUUUAGAAUACGAGCUUAGGUACUCCAUUAAUAGUUUUGCCCGUAUUGCGCCUUUAGUAUCAAAUUAUGCUAGUUUUUUUAUUUCUUAAUUGUUUCUACAAUAAUCUAAUUAAAAGAUAAAUUUGAAUUCAAUCUUUUACUCACAACAGCACCAAAUAAAACAUCCUGAUACUCGCACAAGGAGCACAAUGUUACUGUAAAUAAAAAUCGGUGCCAAUAACCAUCAAUAUUGAUAUAUUUUCUAAUGUAUUGUUAUAACUCAUCGUUACUGACCAAUGUAUUUAAUGUAAUUGGACUUAUAUAGAGGUUCGAGAACAAAUCAAAUAAAACGUUCCGUUUUGCUUAUUCUACUGUUUGGAGCGGGCUUAAAAUGUCAUUAAUCAAUGUCAAAUUUUGAUGAGUCCAAUAACCAGUGUCUUACGCGGGAAUAGUCCUGUAUUAUAAUACUAAAAGGUUUUCAAUCUCAUUUAUUUAAUUCAUCUUAGUUUCCUAUGAUCGCAUACGGUUAUAAUUAUUUCGUUCCUGUACUUGGUUACUUAAUAUGGCAAAUAAAAUGUAAUGAUAAA